AUGCUGAACCUGUUGUCACAAUUAACAUUGGUCUUACCGCGAUCCUGGCAUGGCAACCACCACCACCAUCGGAAUGCAGCACUGACAACAAUACUCCCGACGACGACGACCACUAUACCUACAGCUGUCACCACCACCACAGGUUCUACGCCACCUUUAGGAGCACUUGUGAACAGAUUGCCGUAUGAUAUCUUAUUGCUCAUAUUCUCACAACUCGAAUUGGGUGAUCGAAUACGAUGCAUGCGAGUGUGUUAUACAUGGCGUGCACUAUUGAUGGAAUGGCCAGGCAUGUGGGAUACGCUCUCAACAAAAGAUGGAUGCAAUAUUGGGUAUGACUUGGCACCCUACAUGCAAUACAUACGUGGAAAGGCAGUGAAACGGAUAUCGUAUGAUGAGAUGGACAUUCGACAACGAGGUUACCAGGAUGAUGAGACAAUGUUACAAAAGAUGAUGGCUUUAUUGGUUGAACGCAAUUGUUCAAACAUCUCUCAAGUAUCCAUUCAUGCUCAACUUGCAUCAGAUGGUGUUCUUUCACGCCUAAUGGAUUUAACAUGUCACAAUUUGCAGCAUCUGGACAUCAAAUGCACCAACAAAAGAUCAGGGAUAUCAUGGAUUCGGAUUCUUGAUACUGCUUUACGCACCUGCCCACAGCUAGAAUCGCUUGUUUGCUCGACUUUAUCCAAUCCCACAGCAUUGACUAUGGAAAACGAUGACAUGACCUUCCAAAACAUUCCUCCGCACCAACAUCUUACAUCAUUGACUCUAUUUGCACCAGCCAACAGGACCAGUACCAUCGAACCGACGUCCAUACUUGAUUCCAUUGUUCCAUUACUUCCCAAAUUAAGACGACUCGCUGCUACGACUGGUUCCAGCAAUAUACAUACAGGAUGGGUAUUGGAUGCUAUCAUGGACCAUUGCCCUCAUAUCGAUUCAAUACGUAUUCACCCCGAAGUAUCCUCGACCUUGGAUGACAACAAUAAUACAUUGGAUGGAUUGCGAGAAUUAGCGAUUGCUGGUUGCAGCACCACCAUUCAAGAUCAUGUGCAUCAAAUCAUUGAACGACAUCAUGACACGUUGGAAGUAUUGUUAUUGGAUGAUAGUGACGAUGAUACCGACACCAUCUUUGCUCUUCUUUCUACACUGGAGCUUCCUCAAUUACAUACAUUUCAUUGGAGUAGUACGGGUCGUCCUCAGCAAAUUCCUACGAACCAUGAAGCGGUUGAUCACUUUGGAUCUUUUUUGGCUCAAGCACCCCACAUCCAAGAGCUCACAUUAAUCGAUCGAAGAGGCAUCAUCCAUGACAUCACCAUGAUCCAGCCAUUAUCCCACCUUCAAACAUUGUAUUUGCAAUAUUGUCCUCAUCUCUCACCUUCAGCACUUGCCAGUCUUUUUUCAUCAUGUCCAUCCCUAGCCUAUCUUACUCUUCAUUCAACGGGUGCAUGCAACGUCGACACGGUUGCUCACAUAUUGGCUACUACUCCUACUCAUCUCAAGAAGUUGCGAAUCAUGCAUUGUUCACAAGUACAAGUUGAUGAUGCACUUGUGCGUGCACUUCAAAGGAAAAAGGGUAAAGAGUACUUGUUGGAUGACUUGCAAAUGACUUGUUAUACACAGUCCGAGGAUAGCAUUAUAUGUCAAGGUCGUUUAUUGGAGCGCUUAUUGGACACACUUGAAGCGAAUGCUAUUGCCCGCUAUUGGAAAUUAAACUUGAAUCGCUCCACGGAUCAUUACCCACUUCCCGAUUUGCCACUUGUCACCGACACCUACUGGCGACGACGUAAUGGAUACUAUCGACAAAAGUUAAUGGACAUGGAUCAUGGGGUUGAUGAUUGUUCCUUUACGACGACAAUACCAAAACCAAAAAGAUCAAUGACUCUCAAGGAACGAUUGCUUAAAAGACAUAAGCAGUAG